AUGGAAGUGUAUUUGUCUCUGGUGACACGAGGGUCGCUGGGCAAGCAGAAUGGCAUGUCGAGUCACUGGUCGUCGUUGGGUGCAGACGCUAGCGAGGAACGGCCCAAGUGGUGGCGGAAUGCGGACCAGAAGGAAAUGAGGACCCUGGGCCCAAGUGUGUCCUCCAGCUCUCAUCAGCAGCAGCAGUACCCCAGGUUAGAGCCUGAAUGGAUGAAGCAGUCGGCAAUGGCGGAGCUGCCCAUUGAUUUGCAACAAAAACUCGCCCGGUUCCGCACUGGCCAGUACGCCCUUGACACCGACACAGAAAUCGUGGAAUCAUCUGCACGACUAAGUUACAACAAGGCAGGCGGUUCCGGCUCUCGGAAUAACUACCCCAGCAAGAGCGAGGAAAAUGCCGAGUCCGCGUUCCGCAAGCCGACCGCCAACGGCGACGCUUCCAAGUCGCCGUCGCUGAGCGGAUACGGGUCCGGGCCAAUUCCCAGGUCGGAAAAUAUGAGUCGGCAGGCACGGGCUCAGUCGGCAGCAUCGCGGGUGCAAUUCUCCUCGCCCAGUCGGUUGAAAAGGUCGCCGAACCCCGCAGUGGACAUCCCCUCCAGCAGUCAGAGCAAAAUGGUCAAAAGCACUCCAAAACCGGAAGUCUUGAAGGAAACGAGAUUCGCAGGGGACCGGGUGAAGGCGCAUGAAUCGGAAUUCCUGUCCAAACGAAUGCUUCGAGAUUUCGACGCCCAGGAUUACAAAAAGAACAAACUUUUACUGAGAGCCGUCGAUCCGAAAGAUCCAAACUCCUUCCGGAAUCGACAAAGGCCUCAUAAAUCUAUGAUGAUGUCUCCUCCAAUGACCGCACUGCAACGCCGAUUUCAGGCCUUCAAAGAAAGCGAGCUUGCGGAAAGAGAAAAAGCACUGGCAGCUGGAAAUAGGAUCGGCGUCAGAAAUUCGCCUCGAUCAUUGUAUACCGCAUCGGACUUUCCGGGAGACGAGGGGCCGUUGCGAAAGUCGAAAAAGCCGAAUCCCCGGUACGAGGAAAUGAACCAACAAGCCCAGGCUUGCCUGAGGCCAUUUCCCGAACGUUUGCAUGGCUCGGGAACCCCACUGCCACCUACACCGACUCCGAGCGAAUUUCAUCAGGCUUCCCGCAAAAUCAGCCUGUCUGAAAAGUUCAGCGGCAACAGCUCGAGCAACUUUCUCGGGACCCGGCCGGUGUCUCAAAAUGACUUGGUGGAAGUUGGCGGCCAGAGUUUCCAGCUGAUCAAACGGUAUCCCGCGUUGCAACUCGAAGAGAGGAUCCAGAAGUCGAAACAGGCCGUCAAUGGGGUGCAUCAGCAGGAAAGUGAGCAGAAUAAUGGUCAGCCACAGGUGCAACACGUCCCGGGGGUUUCGAGUUUGUCGGGGGUGCCGCCGAGUCCGAGUCGAACCGCAGCUGCUGACAGCAAUUACAGGGUUUCUGCUGGCCCGGGGGUUCCUCCUGGCCCAGGUGUCGGCGCUGACGACAACGGAUACGGACCUCAGAAAUCGAAUCUUCUCACCAGCCUUCUUGCUGACCUCUUGGGCCUGAUUCUGCGUUGGUUUCUGGCCUUUUGGAAUAACCUCCACCUCAGUGACCCCUUCCAACUGAGCCCCUUCAGUCCUCGCUAUCAAUCAACGGUCAUUCCACCAAUUUGUCCUAGUCAACCACCUUCAAUCAAUGAUCAUCAAUCACAGCAUGCACCAUGGAUUAAUCAACAGCAUCCCUCCAUGGAACCAUCAGCAACCACAAUCCAAGAUGCCUCCCCAACGAUGAUUCAGUCUCCCAAUCGUCAUCUGGGACUACAUGCGACACCUGACGCAAUGCUUAAAAAAACAUUAUCAUUUGAUCAGCAAGGCGAGGACAGUGUGCGCAGCCUUCGGUCUGAAAACUCUUCUCAUCACAGAAGACCGACAUCUAGUAAUCAAUAUUUACAACACGAAUCAUACUUUGACCCGACGCAACAGAGAGUUCAGCCACCGCAGCUGGAUUACCCGACAAGCGACGAUUAUAUGAAGCAUGUUUUUCGAAACAGAGGUCGAGGACCUUUUUUCAGCGACCCGAUGCAAUAUGCGAUGCCAUAAUUUUUCUUCCGUGAAACGCUCAUUCGCAAGAGAGACCGACAUUUUCUCUUCCAAGGAAAAUUGUUCAUUUUAUAGAUUUUUCUUCGACAUAAAAAUGAUUUUCACGAAUUGCUUCAAAA